UGCAGUCUAAAGGUUUUAAAUAAGGAGACAAAGCAUGUUGAAGCCAUAUGGCAGCUUGAGUAAUUCACAUUAAAAGUCUUGGGAAAGAACAGCUGAACACAUAUAUGCUGAGUUUUGGACCUCUGCCUGUGGAGCUGGCCAGUCAUUCCUCUCACCAGCUAGCAACGCUGUUCCCUUGAGCUUCUGAUGUUUAUGGCACCAGCUUCUGGUGCUACUGUUGCUUUCUAGUGUCUGUCGAAUUUCUUGGUUUUAGGGCUGUUCUUUGCACUGGAGCACAGAAAUGGAAGUUCUGCAGUUUCAGGCUGAAGUACUAGGCUGGAGCUUGCUGACUUGAAGGCUUUUCUGCUCUGAUUUUCCUUUGUACUGUUUUUGGCCAAUGAGGGGAGGAUAGCAUUGUGUUUAAAAUGGAAGUUGACAUAAAUGGAGAGUCCAGAACUACCCUAUCCACCCUCCCUGUGCCUCUUGCAGAGGUGAGUCCUGCAGGCAGGAUGGAACCAGAGAAGCCCCGCUGUUCCAGUACCCCAUGCUCACCAAUGCGGCGGACGGUUGCAGGAUAUCAGAUCCUUCACAUGGAUUCUAACUACCUGGUUGGCUUCACGACUGGAGAGGAGCUGCUAAAAUUAGCCCAGAAGUGUACAGGAAGUGAAGAGAAUAAAGGGGAAUCUGGGCCAAACUUGCGCUCCAAACAGCUUGAUUCAGGAUUUACACGUUCUUCCCGUUUGUACAAAACUAGAAGUAGGUACUAUCAGCCAUAUGAGAUCCCAGCAGUAAAUGGAAGGAGGAGGAGACGGAUGCCCAGCUCAGGGGAUAAAUGCACUAAGGCUUUACCAUAUGAACCUUACAAGGCACUUCAUGGUCCCCUGCCUCUUUGCCUUUUGAAAGGUAAAAGGGCUCAUUCAAAAUCCCUGGACUACCUCAAUUUAGACAAAAUGAGCAUUAAGGAACCUGCUGACACAGAAGUGCUACAAUACCAGCUCCAACACCUUACCCUUAGAGGGGACCGCAUGUUUGCAAGAAAUAACACAUGAGCUAUCAUCUUGAAUUUAGAACCAAUUUCUGAUUAUUUCUGUUGCUGCAAAAAUCCACCGUUGUACUGUGUACAUGACUGUCCACGUUGUAGGUGGUUGUAUCAGCUAAAUGUUAUCAGAAAGGAAUCUUUCCUGAGCAAGCAGCUUCUGAUGCAAAUUUGACUGCAACUGGUGGAUAUUUCUUUGGACUCGUUUUAACAAAAAAAAGCUUUUGAUUUUUGGGUUUGGGAUUUUUUUUUGUACAGUUAGAUCUAGUAUUUACAAUAAUUUAACACUGAAAAAUUGGUGAUGUCUGCUUGGUUGUUGCUAAUUUUGGCUUGAUGUUAGAAAGUCCUCUUGGAUAAGUACUCAAGUUUAGGAGGUUUUUUGGUUUUACUUUUUGUUCCUGUAUUCUACAGUAAAAUGU